CCAGACACAGCCUUAAUGUGGUUUUGCUCUCCGGAUUGCGGCUCUAACCCGUCCCUUUGCCCUCCUUCUCUCCCCAUCUCCUUCCUGCCCAGCUUCAGAUCUUUAGGGUUCACCAAAAUAUGGAACUUGAUUUUGGACACUUUGACGAAAGAGACAAGGCGUCCAGAAACAUGCGAGGCACACGGAUGAACGGCUUGCCCAGCCCCACUCACAGCGCUCACUGUAGCUUCUACAGAACCCGGACCUUACAAGCGCUCAGUAACGAGAAGAAAGCCAAGAAGGUUCGUUUCUAUCGCAACGGGGACCGCUACUUCAAGGGGAUUGUAUACGCCGUGUCCUCCGACCGCUUCCGAAGUUUUGAUGCCCUCCUGGCGGACCUGACCCGGUCCCUGUCCGACAACAUCAACCUGCCUCAGGGAGUGCGCUACAUUUACACCAUCGAUGGCUCGCGGAAGAUCGGCAGCAUGGACGAGCUGGAGGAAGGGGAGAGUUACGUCUGCUCAUCCGACAACUUCUUCAAGAAGGUGGAGUACACCAAGAACGUCAACCCCAACUGGUCUGUCAACGUGAAGACCUCAGCCAACCAGAAAGCACCUCAGUCCCUGGCCAGCAGCAACAGUGCCCAGGCCAAGGAGAACAAGGAUUUCGUGCGCCCCAAGCUGGUGACCAUCAUCCGCAGCGGGGUCAAGCCGCGCAAGGCCGUGCGCGUGCUCCUCAACAAGAAGACAGCCCACUCCUUCGAGCAGGUCCUCACUGACAUCACUGAAGCUAUCAAACUGGAGACAGGGGUGGUCAAAAAGCUCUACACCUUGGAUGGGAAGCAGGUGACCUGUCUCCACGAUUUCUUCGGGGAUGACGACGUGUUCAUCGCCUGCGGCCCCGAGAAGUUCCGCUACGCCCAGGACGACUUCUCCCUGGACGAGAGCGAGUGUCGGGUGAUGAAGGGGAGCCCAGCAGGUGCCACGGGCAGCAAAUCCUCCCCCACCCCUCAGAAGAGCUCGGCCAAGAGCCCCGCGCCCAUGCGCCGCAGCAAGUCCCCGGCUGAUUCAGGUAACCACCAAGAUGCCAACGGGACCUCCAGCAGCCAGCUGUCCACCCCCAAAUCCAAGCAGUCCCCGAUCUCCACGCCCACCAGCCCCGGCAGCCUCCGGAAGCACAAGGACUUGUACCUGCCUCUGUCUUUGGAUGACUCGGAUUCCCUGGGAGACUCCAUGUAGAGUGAAAUGUCCACGUUGCAUUUGGGAUACAGCAAAGUACCUCUGCCACACAAGCAGAUCGGUGACUGGUGCUUUCAAGUCAAAGGACACACGGUUAAAUGUCAUUUUUGUUCUGUGAUUUCUCCUCUCUGUGCCACAAACCAACACCUGCCAGUCUAUAGAGAUAGAGGGAUACCAUUCUUCUAAGUCACAGGGGUGCAAAAUGGGCGUUGUGAGAAAUUUGGGGCCUCCGUGCCAAGGAUUCUGUGCAUUUCCCAUUUUCUUCUGUUGUUUCUUCUGCUGCUGCAACCAUGUGGUUUUCCUAGUGUUAGUAAAGUAGUUUCCCUGGAGGUGUGCAAAUGGACCCCUUGCUGCACAGUUUGCAAGCUGGAGCAGGGCAGAUGAUGUUCUCCACCUGUGCAAACUGCCAGCUCACCUGCUUCUCAUUCACAGCCCCAGUUUUGGCACCUGCAUUCUAAAGAGUCUUGGUUUUUUUGUGGAGGGCAGGAAGGGAAUUUCUAGUCGGAUGCUUAAUAUGCCAGCAGAAGCUUGGAUGAGAUUAGGAAUGAUUGUGUCAGAUGCUAAGUAAGGUUAGUACAAUAAUUCAAAUUAUUCAAAUAUUGUUUGGGAUUAUUUUUAAUGAUUACACAAAAAACCAUAAAUCAGCUGAGUUAUCUGGAGUAGAACACCUUCCACAUUCAAUGCUGUGAGCUGGUAACAAAUAUUUAUACCUCCCCUAUGGUAUCUCUCUAUCUCUGUAACAGUAAUGCCUUGUGAACAGCCAACACUGAAAACACUGUGAGAAUUUGUUUUCAGGUUUGACACCCUAUAGGUCACUUUUUAUAGCAAAAAAAUCAAUACGCUUUUUAUAAUGGAAAACCUUUUAUCUGUGUUUUGGGAGUAAGGAUUCAAGCUCCUUCUUUUUUAUAAAAGCUGGUAAUUUUCUUUUGUUUAAAAAACACGUUCAGAAAAAAAAAAAGUACAAAAAAAACCAACCACAACUGCAGAACAAUAAUAACAGCAAGUCAAUUUAGAAAUCCUGUCAUCACUGCCAAAACAGACACGUGUAGGGGGGGAAAAUGGUCAAUUCAAAAUAUUGAAUGUUUUGAUAGUUUUUGUAAUGUUUAAGACUACGUAUUUGGUUUUUUACACUUCAGUAUUCCUAACUAUGGCCAGAUUCUCUACUUAUAUAACAAAUGAAGUUUUGUGGUGUUCUAAAAACCUGUAUUUUAAGAAACUCUUCUAUCUGAGAAAAACAAACUCGCUGUAUUUAGAGAAGCUUUUGCUUUUAUUAAUCAGUAAUGCCUCCUCCAGAAUGCAAAGUUCAUCUCCUCACGCAGGGCUGGUGGUUUUUACUGCUCCAAAGCUUUGUCCUGGGCCAGCUGCCAUUGCCUCCCUCCCUCAUGGAAUAAGCUUUGAUGAAACUGAUUCUUGCAGAACUUUACCUAAAUGAAAUCUGUGCAAUCAAGCCUUUCUUUGUUGCUCUAUUUGCUUUUUUCUUUUUUUUUAUCCCAACGUAGACACCUACUCCCUGUUGCCUUGCAACCCCUUGUGGUUAGGAUGGAUUUUAUCCUUGUGAUGUUUGAUGCUCCAUGAAUGCUGGGUUGUUCCCAAAGCCACUCCACGUUUUGUUUGCUUGCAUUGCUGGGAUGAAACAAUCUGUGCAGGCUGCAUCUUUCAAGGCUCGUGUGAUCAUUCUUAUAAUGCAACUUCUUAAAAGAGAUUUAUCAGAGAGAGGCCAGGAUUGGGAAUUGUCAAGGGGUCACAGUUAUCAUGCACCAAAUUUGCACCCAGUAGUCUUAGUGCAUGAUCAUUUACAGCCAGAGUUUUCCACAAGGAGCCAUUUGUUCUCACUGAUAGCUUCAUUUGAUUGAAAAACUCUCUGACUGCACAACUGCUAAAUGGUCAUUUUAAAUAUUGUAAAUAGAAUCUGGGGUUAGUUCACAGUUUAAGGGCUCGUUGAGGGUUUGUGGGGGGAAGGAUGGUGCUGUGGACAAAGCUUGGGUGCAGCAGUCAGCACACCUCUCAGCCCUUGGCAUUGCUGAAUUUUGUGUCUGAAUGGGAGCAGGUCUCUGAGUAACCCUGUGCCUCAAUCUGUCUGUCUGUCCCUGCAGGGACAGCUCUGUUCUACCUCACUGGGGGUUGUGAGGCCAAAUGUUGGUUAACAUUUGUCAAGUGCUUUCAGAUCCUCUAACAGAAGGUGCUGAAAUAUUCUGGGUGCAGAUUUGGUUAUGGGUGCUAAUUUUUGGCUGUUUAAUCCUGUGAGUGCUACUGUUGACACUGGUCAUGAGCAAAAAGGACUUUCUUAAGCAUAAGGAUGUCAAAGUCCUUGGUUAUGCUAAUAACAAUAUCAUUCAUCAGAGCUUUUGUCUUAGGGAAAGCUUUAGUGGGACAGAUAACUUGAUGUGCUUUUACCCUCUCCUCUGUUCUGUUGGUGGAAAUCUCAGGGUCCCUCUCUGAGUCUCUGCCUCUCCAGGGACCCUGAGCAGUCACCAUGGAUGGACUGGAGCUGCAGUCCAGGGUGUUGUCACACGGUGACAGAGGCCAUUCCUGCCACAGUCAGGGUGAGCCUGUCCUGUCCUGACAGCUUUCCUCAGAUAAACCAGGAGACCAGCCAUGCAGUCCCACCCAGGUUCUCGUGCUGCUCAGUGCAGGACACUCACCACAGCUCCACCAGGAAACCCAAAUCUGGGCUGCCCUCUGCUCAGCAGCCUGAGCUGUGGGGGAGGAAAGGAAUGUGGGAGAUGCUCUCACCCAGUUUGUGUAAGAGAAAGCAGGAUGCCAAGGGAGGAAUGAUCCUUUGUGUAAGAGAAAGCAGGAUCCCAAGGGAGGAAUGAUCCUUUGUGUAAGAGAAAGCAGGAUCCCAAGGGAGGAAUGAUCCUUUGUUGGGAUGGUUGUUGAGAAGGGGUUCCUUUCCUUCCUGCCAAAAGCUCUGUUUGGUCAUUUGGAGAUGCUUUUCCUGGUGGAGCAUCACUGAGGAAUUACUGAGCUCCUCCUCCUGAGCUGCACCUGGUGACAUCUCAGACCUGAUCUUGCCAGCUCUUCCUUGGGAAUGCAGCUUUGUUUGCAUGAGGAUGCUCCUGUGGUGGGGCUGAGCCCAGCAAUUCCUUCAGGGAAUUAGGGGGACCUUGAAAAGGCCUAAAAUAAAUUGUUCAGUGGGAAAAAUAGCCAUUCAAACCAGCAGAAGCCACAAAGAAAACAGGGUAUGAGGUCAGACUCCCAAGUUUUAAGAAGCAAUUUUCUAGGUAGAAAUGCCUGGGCAGUAGAAGUCAGUGAGCAUUUCAGCUGUAGCAUAGAGUGAAGUCUGUAUUAAUGCCAAUAUUGCAUGAGUUCUUGUACAGAAAUGCAUGUGGAAUGUUACAUACAUUCAGAACUAGUUAUCUUUGGCUUUGUAGGAUCCCUCAUCUAGAUUUGAAUACAAAGAGAAACAGUGCACAGGCAUCAGACCUUUGUUACUGAAACAGAAGAACAGCUGUGAUUCAGGAAAAAAAACCCUAAAAGCUUUAAUUUUAGCACGUGCUUUACUCCUGUUGACUUUUCAUGAGAUUAAGCUUGGGUUUGGUCAGAAAGCUUUCCUGAACUGCUGUGAAUUAGUAAUUACUUCCAAUUUACUAUGGCAAUUCCAGACCCUGUGAGAUCCUGGAGCAGAUGAUAGUAAUUCCACUAUAUACUCCACAGUUCACCUUUCAUAUUUAUUUUUUUUUAACAUUUACAAGCACAUAAAGCUCCACAUGAUAUGAGGAUUUGCCAUAUUAAUUCUGCUAUAAAAACCCUGUCUAAUUUGCCUCGUGAGGCUGCCUUUAGUGCUUUCAGAGACUAAUUGAAUCACUGAGACUAUAUUGUUUUAAAACAAUACAGUAUUUAAAAACAAAUUGCAGAAACUCUUAAAGUAGCAGGGCUUUGUUUCUUUGAAAUCUGUCUUUAUUCAGAAUAAUUUAGCAAAUUUGCAUAUUAAGAUCCCUGUUUCAGACACAGUCCUUAGGAAGGAAUAGUACAGGCAGAAGGGUUUAGCAUUUUUACACUCAGGUGAUGGUCUUGACUGUAGAAGAUGAGUAAUGCAGCAAAACCUUCAGCCUUGGGAUUUUUAUCACUUGUAAAGCAUUUAUAAUCCUGAAGUUUCUGGUUUAAAGCCUCAUCUGGUAUAUGAUUUGGAGCUAGUUCAGUUCCACCAGCUAAAUAUCUUGAAGUGAUUUGAAAAGAGUUUGAUAAUGAGAUUUUAUUAUGUGGUGGGAGUUGGAAGCAGCUUUUCCCUACCACUGUCUGUGUUUCCAAUAUCUGCACAUUAUUUAUUGUCUUCUCAGGAGCUAGAAACCCUAAUUGUGUUAUUUCCAUGGAUAAUAGAAGAAUCCUGCUUAGAAAAAGACUUCCACAUCUCUCUCACCCUCAGCUAACACACGUGGCCAUACAAAAAUCCACACGCUUGGUCGAGCUGCUAUUUCUCUCUCAUUUGCUUGUUCAGUACUUUUGAAGGGGAAAAAAAGGAGGCAGAACCAAAAGUUGUGGCAAACAGCAAAGCAGUGUCACACCCAGGCAUUUUCCAAGGGCAUUAGUGUUAGUUUCUCCUUAUCCAUGUGGGUAACAUUUCCUAGGAUGCCUUGUCUUUGCCUUUUCAUGCCUUUGAGGGCAGUGCUGCUCUUCCUGCUGCUUCCCAGCACAGCCCGUGGGGGUGCUCUGGGAUUCCAGGCUGAAUCCCCACCCAGACACUGCUCCAGGGACAGCCAUCCCUGGAAGUGAUGAUUUCUCUGCAGGGGUCCAGUGUGGAUUUUGCAGCCUGAGCCUCCCCCAGUGUGCUGAGAGCACUGGAGUGAUUUUGGGGCUGACCUCCAUGGUGCCCCACAGCCAUGCAAAGCAACCAAGGGUUCUCUUCCACUGUAGUAGAGGCAGAAACAUUUUUAGGGAAAGGGAUAAAAAAUAGCCAAGUAAAGUAGAUAUAAAAUUAGCCUAGAAAGUGUCUCCUCAAGCUAAGACAAUCCAUAACCAGAGAACAGCUCUGUAGAGGUGUGUCUGCCCCACGCCAGGUGCUGAUCAUGGCCAUGAUGGAAUAAAACAGCUUUUUUUCCAUGCAGUGACUUAGGCUCCAGGUCAAUUUUCUGGUUGCUGAUGGAAGCAGGCUGGGACAGUGUUUGGGACUGGUGAGGUUCUUUGUAGGAGCAAAUGGGUGGCACGAGAUGAGGAUCUUUUUUCUGUGUAUCUAAAGAGUCAGGCCAGUCCAUGCAACAGGACGAGUGCUCUACACAAGACCCCUGGAAGGAAUCCAGCUGGAAACCCACCCUGGUGUGAUGAGAGCAGGAAGGUGAAGACUUUAAGUGCCUUCUAACAUCCCUUGGGCUUCAGAAGCAGGACUGUGCAUGUGCCCAGCAAGGCCUGAGGUUCAAUAGCCUUGACCAAAGGAGACAGGGCACACUUUAACUCUCGAGGUAUUUAGCACAUCUCUUGAAAAUUGCUGUCUCCAGAAUCACAGAAUUCUUCUGUCCCAUCUGCAUGAAUCUGAGCCUCUCCACAGUACCUCAGGAAACGUAAAAGCUGAGUCUUGUGUCUCACAGGACACAAGACUGCUCCUCACUGUGGAGUGAACAGGGCUGGGUGCUGCUGCAGUGGCUGGUGAUUCUGCUGUUCAGAUGUUCUUCAUCUCCUCCUCUGCUCCUGGCUCGAGAGCUGCUUUCUCCUGGUGCCUGCAGGUGAAGGGCUGGGAGCAGCAAUGUACAGACCCCUCUUUGCUUUGUUUUGUUCCCUCUGGAACAGUUCUAGUCAGUGAUGACUGAAGGUCUGAGGCCAAGAUGACAAACCCACAUUUUAACAGGGAGAGGGGAGAUUUUCAGGGAAUAUGAGAAGGUGGGUGGAAAGGCUUUUUCCAGCAGUGCCAUUGCACAGCUGCUCUGACAGCACCCCAGCUGCAGGGCAGGUGUGAGUACUACACCUGCAGAGGAAAAUGUGGAGUUUUGGGAUCACAGACCACUCUCCAUCCCUUGGGACACUGCUUCGAGGAGGUUAAGCACAUCAACACCUAUUUUUGGCCAACAGAUGAGCUUCUGAGCAAAUGAGAAUCAAACCUAGUGGAUUCAGCAGUGGGUUUCAGAGUUGUUGGGAUGUGGCACAACUCUGGACAAAUCACUUCUCCUUGUGCCAGUGCACAGAGGGCUGGUCCCAAUACUUCCCUCCACCUGUAGGGUGCUUUGAGAUAAGCUGCUACAAAGGGCUUGAUUUUAAAAUGUAUUCAUUGCUCAGCAAAGUCUGAACAUGUUACAGGAGCAAACUGGAAAGUCUCUCACAGAACUCUGGCUCUCUCAAAACUCUCCUGUAAAAAUGCUGAAGUAUUUCAGUCAUGGGGAAAGAGAGACACCUCAUUUUUAGUUUGCCAUUGAAACCAUGGGGGAGCCAGCAACAUCCCUGGGAGGAAGGAGAUACCCUCAUCCAGCAGCCCAUUUCUCUCCUGCCUGAAUACAGCCCCCACUGCCCCUCUUUUUGUUAGAUGCACGUGCACAUAUCAGGGGCAAUUUGUCCUAGCAGUCAAAAUAUGGGCCUUCUGUUUACAAAGAGUGAAUAAGCCUAAUUGUUUCAGUGGCUUUCUACCAAGAAAACAGUGGGCCAGGUGUUGAAAACCUUCUCGUUUAGAAAGUGUUGGUGGCCAGAUGUCCACAUGGGAGAGAGCAGUGUCCUUGCUUAGUGCACCUGAACUCACCUCUUGUGACUCUUGCUCUUGAUCUCCCUGAACUCAGGGCUCUUGAGCCACUUUGGAGGCUCCCUAGGUCUGACAGUUUAUCACUGAAACUGAAGAAAAAGGAGGAUGCCCAAAGGGAAUUAACAAAUCUUGGCAGUAAUUAAUCUGUCGGCUGAAAAAGAGAAAGCUGGCAUCACCAGGGAAGGAUGCCAUGAUGGAAAACACAGGGAAGGAAGGGGAAAGCCUGUUCCUUAGAGGAAUGGUGGGGGAUGUUUGUUAGCAGGUAGGCACUGAGUCAUGGAAUGAGCUGGAGCUUCAGAGAAAAUCCAGUGGCAGGGAGAGCACGAGGCACAGCACUGGACAUGUCAGUGCCACUGAUGUGUGGGAAUAAUGAAAGACAAAAGGCAAGAAAUUCCAGGGACAAACAGAGAAUGAGGCUGGGUCUAGCUGAGGAUCUGUGGCUUGGUGGGGACAGAAGAGCAGCAGAGCUCCUGGCUGUUUGUUGAGAGUCAUGUCCCUGCAGGUACCUAGGCCAGGGGGUGGUGUCUGUCCACAGCAGUCUGUCCCUCUCCCCUUGGCAGAAAUAAGGCCAGACCUGGCUGCAGGCAGGAGGACUUGCUGUGAGGCUCCUUCCCUGCUGCUGUUUGACUCUCCUGCCAGCAUGUGCCAUCCCUCAGAGGGACAGGGAAUAUCCAGCCCUGUGCUGAAGGACAGCACCAAGCUGUGGGCUGGGUUUAUUUACACUCCUCCCUGUGUCAGAUCAGAAAUAGCAAUCACUGAUCAGCACGCCCUGGCCUGGGGAGGACAGACCUGGCACUCUGGGGGAUGUAAGAGAAUAAUGAGGGCACCUCAGAGCCUCCCACCCCCUCCCACAGAGCUCAGCAAACUCUGGGAAAGGUGGCAGCCAGGGUGAAAAGGCAGGAGAGACUCCUCAGGGAGGGUUUGCUGUGUGGGCACAGAGGUGAUGCUGAUCUUGCCCAGGAAAUGCCCAGCCCCUGUGUGAGAGCUGCUGCAGCCACACAGCAAUGGGAAGUCUGUGCUGAACAAGGGCACCUGUGUUUGCACUGCUUUCCUCAUGAGAUCUUUUCCCUAAAUUCAGUUGAGUUGCUUGUGAAUUUAAUCCUAAACCACAAAAUAACUGACUCAUCCAAACACUUUCUUGCUGUACAGUCUCAGAUUUUUUUUGAUGUUGUUGCAUAAAGAUUGCAUCUCUUUUAUUUCCAUAAAUUCUCAGACACUCAAUAUAAUGCAAAUGGAGCCCAACACACCCAAUUUUCUGCUGUUUUAACCAGGCAGAAGCUCCUCUGUAAUUAAUUUAUGAAUCUAUUUGGUCCAAGCUUGGGCUCCUAUUUCAAAGAUUGAUUACUGUUGAUAAUUCUUGUGUGAUUGAUUACUUGAGUGCAGAUUCAGUUUCCUGGGUGACAGCUGCAGCCUUUGCAGAGAAAACCUCACUGACCCCAGUUUUCAAAUGAUCUCUUCUAUGGACCUUGAAUAGCAAGUUAUAGAUGGGAGAUAUUUUGUGUAGUUUAAUUAUAGUUACUGAUAAAGCUGAAAUAGUUUGCUGGAAUACCUUAAAAGUUUUAGAAUUGAAAAUUAAACAAGGAACCUCAGCAAAUCAGGGCCUCCUCCAUGUUUUUUGCUUCUAAAGAGUGUUGACUUUAUCUCACUUCACUCUCACUCAGUCUACCAACAGACAUGACCUGAGCCCAGCAGGUUUAUGGGACUAGAAGUAGUAUUUCUAUUUUUACCAGUAUUUUUCUGCUCCAGUCCCAGCUAGUACCAGGCAGAAUAGAGAUUUGUGGUUGGCUUGGUUUUUAGAGAAAAGCAUUGCCAAAUGUCUCUGAAAUAAAAAGGAAGGUUGGGUUCAUUUUAGGUGACUCAUCCAAACUCAAGGCUGCUUUUGAAUUUUAUCCAAGCUGGUUGUUCCAUCUCUCUUUGCAAGAGUUAUUUCUAGGAAAUGGAGCUGAAUUGGAGUCCCAUUUGCACAGGGGGGGUGUUGCAGAGCACUGGGACUCACCUGGCACGUGCAGGCAGGAUGGAACACGGUGGUGGCACCUAGUCAGGGAGAGCCAGAACCAAACCCUGGCUCUGAAUCCCUCAGCUCUGGGAAACCCAUGCACAGGGUGAGACUUGGGAAAUACCUGAAAGGGACCAAAUGGAUCCCAACCUUGGGUCCAGGCCCAGUUCUCAACACGACAAAUUUUAUUUUCAGAGAAUCCCUGAGAAACAUUUUGUGGGGUUUAUUUUUGUUGUUUCUUGGGCUUUGGGGGUUAUGUUGGUGGAGUAUUUUGUCUUUUUUUUUUUUUUUUUUUAAUUACAUCAUGGCUGCUUUUCUCUAUCUGCUUCCACCACUGCAGAGCAUGUAUGGAUGGACUUUUUUUCCUUAGCAGGUGGCAGGUGAAAUCCUGUGAUAUUCUUUUUCCUUCUCAUACUGACCAUACAGUCACAGGGAGGUUGCAGAACACACAGAUUUUUCUCCUUUCUCUCCCUCUCUUUAAGACAGAGGUGCUUUUUCCAGAUUUAGUGUGAUGUCUAAUGAUGCAUCUGCCUAAAAGGAAGAAUGUCUAGGGAAUUAAUUGCACUUAAUUGGUGUUUUUAGAUAUGGUGAAGCAGGAGUAUUGAAUGUAAGAACAAGGAAGCCUGUGAGUGAUAAUUACAUGCUGAAUUCUGAAAUUGUUGUUAGUUUGCUUCUUAUUUAAAUGAUGGGUGAUCCAAGCAGCUUGAGCACUGUGGCAGUCCUAGUACAGCUGUGAUUAGCAAUUAGAAGGCACCCAGGGUCUUUUGGAAAGAGGAAACCUGUCUAGCCAAAACUUUUCUGUUCUCUGAAAUGACACAUUCCCCUCCAUAACCCUAUGGAUUUUGUGACACAGCCUAGACUGGAAGCACAGGAAAGGAGGAUCAUCCUGCUGGCUUUGCUGUCACUAGCCUUUGUCUGCUCUCUCAGUUACAAAUCCUGCCCCAAGCUGAGGUGAGCAGCUGCCAGCCCUCAGCCUGAGCUCCUCACGCUGCUCUUGUCUGGAGAGCAGGAGCUGCCUUUGCUCAGGACCCUGCAGCUCCCAGAGCUGCAGAGCCACCACCCAGCAGUGCUGAGGGAGGGAGAUGUGCAGCUGAACUGGAACCUGAUGGUGGAUUACUGUCUUAGGCCAUGCAUUGAGUUCUUAUGAUUUCCUCACCAAGGACAAAGCUGCAAUAUAAUAUAAUAUAACUGAGAGGCCACGAUGUAUUUUCUCUUGUGGUUCAGAGGGUGGGGGUUGGAGGGGCAGCUGGGUUUAAAGUUUAGCUGGUAUACUUUAAACUCUGUGUACAUAACCUUGGAGGACACGGGGGUGGGAAGGGGUCCGUGGUUAUUUUGGUGGGAUUGGUAAACUUCAGGAUGUUUUUGUUUAAAGAGUAAGGUAUUUAAUUAAUGACAUUGUACAAAGAGUUAUUAAUUUAAAUGGUGCUUUUGUUCUCCUACCCCAGACCUGUCUAACCUUUCUUUUUGGCAAGCCUGCAGCAAUGCUGAUCAUGUUGACUUUUGUACCUUGGGGGAGUGUGUGAAAGGGGAGGGGAAAUGCUUUUCUCUUCAGACAAAUAACAUUGCCCAUAGUUAACUUCCUGCUUGGAUACGUACCUUGAAUUCCCUUGAUGCUGAAUUUUUAUGUGAAGGUCUCUUCAAAGGGACAGAACAAGCAGAGGUUAUUCCAAAAGAUCUCCACUGUAUCAUCUUGUAAUAUAUUGCAGCUUUAUGCCAAUGAUUCCUUGCUUACCUGUACACAGUCCAUGCAUGUUUUGAACUAAUUUUGCAUUCUCCAUUUGUGGUGAGUUAUUUAGCAUUUUAACCACCUUUUGUGCCAUUCAACUUGUACAGAAAACAUUUUUAUUGACGUUUUAAAGGGAGGGGGAAGAAAAUAAAAAGACCCCUUCUGCUCUCUAGUUGUAGGUAGAACUCAGUUACUUAGCAAACAGAUGUAGAUGAGUGGUUGUAGUGUUAGAAAUGUUGGCUUGCUCGUGAACAAGCUCUUGAGAGUAAAUGCAUGGUCCUGUACCUCUCUUUUCUUAAUUAGCUCUUCCUUUCCUCCUGGAAAGAUUCUCUCUCUCUCCCUCUCUCUUACUCUUUGUCUCUCUCUCUCUCUCUCUCUCUCGUGGUUGUAAAGUACAGAUUUGGGCAUAAAUAAAAGGAUAAACGACCAGGUUUGAAAAGCAGUUCUCAACAGGUUCUCUCGGGGAACGUACUUCUCGCAGUGCCUUGCCUUGGCACGUUGAUCAGAUCCAGCUUGCAGGAUACAGCAGGAGGAGAUCAGCCCCCAGUGCCUCUGCCCGAGCCGGGGAGCGAGUGCAGCCUUUGGAAAUUUGGCUCUGCUGGAGGGUGAGGUGCUGCUGGGCCACUGCAGCUGAGGCAAGAGGCACGAGCGGCGUCAGCCGUGGCCUCCACUCCUGGUGAUGUCCCUGGGACUCGUCCCAUGGCCCCUGAUUUGCGGAGUUUGCACACACUUUUGAUUUUCCUGGAUACACAGCAAGGGGGUGGGGAUGGGAUAUGGGAAUUAUGCUGUUGGGGGGUCUGUAAACAACUCCUUCUCCACACUCCUGAGCUCUGAGUUGAGUACAAGGGGCUUCUUGAUUAUUAGCUGUGGUUCUGUUGGCAGUGGAGGACGGAAAAUGGGCAAAGUCUUGGAAAAGAUGGGGUCACUCACAAAGACGCAUUUUGUAAGAAAUGGACUUAAAGAAACUCCAAAAAGCCGUGCCACAAAAUCACCAAGUGUACCUAGAUCCACACCUCUAUUCCCUAUGGCUCUUCUCCCUUAACAGAAUUUCCUUUUGUCAGAAGAUUUGACUAGGAAAAAAUUCCAUUUUUGUGAGGUGUUGUGAACUGUUUUUACUACUUGUAAUAACCAUCCCGGGUCUGAGUAUUCUUGUAAUGCAAUGCCAUGCAGCAGAGAACCUGUCCACUUUAUAGCUUUGCUCUCAAUAUUUGUUACUCAUUGUUUUCUCAUCUAAAUGUACAUUUGCAAGAUGUGUGUAAUGUCAUUUUCAAAAAAUAAAAUUUGGUUUCAAUAUUUAGGCCGAUAAAAA